AGCAUCCAGUGUGUAGUCUUUGUUUUCCAUAAUUAAACUGUUAUAUUUCUAAGGGAGCAGAAAGCUUUGCAUGUAUGGUAAUUGUAUGUGUGCAACUCGCAGCACAUGGGUCUGAGGCUAGGUGUUUGAGGCCCUGUUCGUGGGCACUGCAAAGCACACUAGCACACAGGGCAAAGUGCACAUGCGUGUUCAGAAACAAGGCUACAACGAAGUAUCCUGAUGCAACUUGGUUGAAGGAUGCCAAAAACAGCCAGGAUUCACUAUGUGCAUGGUUUUGGUUUUUGAAUUGAUUUUUGUUCAUUCAAAAACCAUUUACUUUUUUUUUCCGAUGCCACAUUCAGUUAUUCAGUUUAAGAGAUUGGCUUCUAGAGCUCCUAAGCAAAGAACAGGAGGGUAACAGGAAAAUCACUCCCAGCCACCAGUACAUUCCUGUCCAGCCCCUGCCUUGUGCCAUUGUCUGAUAAGCUGUGGAGAGUAAGAACAAUCAACCCAGAACUGUGGCUGGAAGAAGGGCAAGGGGACUCCAGUUCAUUCUGUGGCCAGCAAGCAGACGGCCUCCCGUCUCCUUGGCCCUGGAUCCUGGAUGGUAUCAGUUCUCCCCAAGGAUUCCAACAGGGACCUGUACACACUGACCCCAACAGAAGUGCUGAACUCCACGUGGGCACAUCUCCCUGAUACAUACCAGCCCACUUGUAGCAUCAUCAACAUGGGACACCAGGACAGAAACACUAGCUUUGCACCAGCCUUAAAUCCACCCCAAGACCAUGUCUCCUUGCUCCCCUCAAACUUCAGUUAUGGCGACUAUGACCUCCCCCUGGAUGAGGAUGAGGAUGUGACCAAGACACAGACCUUCUUUGCAGCCAAAAUUGUCAUCGGCGUGGCACUGGCAGGCAUCAUGCUAAUCUGCGGCAUUGGCAACUUUGUCUUCAUUGCUGCCCUCGCCCGCUACAAGAAGCUGCGCAACCUCACCAACCUCCUCAUUGCUAACUUGGCCAUCUCUGACUUUCUGGUGGCGAUCGUCUGCUGCCCCUUUGAGAUGGACUAUUAUGUAGUACGGCAGCUUUCCUGGGAGCACGGUCACGUGCUUUGUGCCUCUGUCAACUACCUUCGGACGGUCUCCCUGUACGUCUCCACCAAUGCUCUGCUGGCCAUCGCUAUUGACAGAUAUCUCGCUAUUGUCCACCCCUUGAAACCUCGGAUGAAUUAUCAGACCGCCUCCUUCCUGAUCGCUUUGGUCUGGAUGGUCUCCAUCCUCAUCGCUGUCCCAUCUGCCUACUUCACCACAGAAACCAUCCUCGAUAUCGUCAAGAAUCAGGAAAAAAUCUUCUGUGGUCAGAUCUGGUCGGUAGACCAGCAGCUCUACUACAAAUCCUACUUCCUCUUCGUCUUUGGGCUUGAGUUCGUGGGUCCUGUGGUCACUAUGACCCUGUGCUAUGCCAGGAUCUCCCAGGAGCUCUGGUUCAAGGCUGUACCUGGCUUUCAGACAGAGCAAAUCCGCAAGCGACUGCGCUGCCGCCGCAAGACAGUGCUAUUGCUCAUGGGCAUCCUCACAGCCUACGUGCUGUGCUGGGCGCCUUUCUAUGGCUUUACCAUAGUGAGAGACUUCUUCCCCACGGUGGUUGUGAAGGAGAAGCACUACCUCACCGCCUUCUACGUUGUGGAGUGCAUUGCUAUGAGCAACAGCAUGAUCAAUACUAUAUGCUUCGUGACGGUCAAGAACAACACCAUGAAAUACUUCAAGAAGAUGCUGCGGCUCCACUGGAGGCCCUCUCACUAUGGGAGUAAGUCCAGCGCUGACCUCGACCUCAAAACCAGUGGGGUGCCUGCCACUGAAGAGGUGGAUUGUAUCAGACUAAAGUAGCCUGCAGGUAUUGCCCAAGGAAAAACUUAACAUUCGAUACUCAGUACAUCACACACCAUCAACCACUCACAAGCUACAUGGAAAGAUACAGCUGUAUUCAUGUUCUCCUGCUGUAAUGUAUCUGGAUGCUUCUGUGUAAUAACAUACAGCACAACUGAUAUCUGCAUAACAUCUUAAGAGACUAGACGCAAGUAGUAACAAGUGAAGUGGACUGAAUGCUUUUGUCUGCAAAUCACCCCAACAGAUUAUUCAAGGACAAGAGCUGACAUUUGAGGAUUACCUGCUAUGUGCAAAAACAGUUACAAAAAAAAAAAAAAAGGUAGAAGCUAUUUUGAGUUAUUAAGCUCUAUCUAUCCAUCCA